AUGCCUCCCGGAAUUAAACAGGACCUUAACCGGUCCGGGUGGGAAACAACCGAUUUCCCCUCGGUUUGUGAAAAUUGCCUCCCGGAGAAUCCUUAUGUGCAAAUGAUCAAGGAAGAUCAUGGUGCAGAAUGCAAGAUUUGUACACGUCCUUUUACCAUCUUUCGCUGGAAGGCCGAUCGGACUGCGCGCACCAAGCGGACCAACAUUUGCUUAACAUGUGCACGAUUAAAGAACUGCUGCCAGUGCUGCAUGCUUGACCUGUCAUUCGGAUUGCCAAUUGUCGUCCGUGAUGCUGCGCUCAAAAUGGUAGCUCCGGGACCUGAGAGCACAAUCAACCGCGAAUAUUAUGCCCAAGAGCACGAGAAGGAGCUGGAAGAAGGCCGCGGCGCGGUGGAAGAGUACGAAAAGACGGACGAAAAGGCACGCGAACUUUUGCGACGACUCGCAAAUAGCGAACCCUAUUAUAGAAGGCCACGACGACUGGAAGGCCCUUCGGAAGAUGGAGAAACCGAGACUCAAGCGGCCGAAUCGUCUCAAGCCCCUCAGGUACACAGUCGAUACGGAAAUGGACCUGGCCCAAUCCGAACAAGCGAAAGCAGAAGAGGCACACCCUUACCUGGUCGAGGAGGGGGAAACAUGCGCGGAGGCCGCGGGGGUGGUCGUGGAGGCCGUCCGUUCCCCGGUACAGCCCAGGUUCCACCAUCGGCGGAAGACAUUCUCCCCCCUGCAGACCCAAAUGUCACGUCGCUUUUUGUUACUGGUGUCGAAGAUGAUCUCCCUGAGCACGCGGUCCGCUCUUUCUUCACACAAUUUGGCCAGCUCCGAUCCUUAAUCUGCUCUCACCGUUCUCACUGUGCAUUUGUCAACUAUGCCAGUCGUGAGUCAGCUGAAGUCGCCGCGAGGCAGUGCCAGGGUAGAGCAGUCAUUGAAGGUUGCCCUCUCCGUGUUCGAUGGGGAAAGCCCAAGCCCUUGGACAACCUGGAUCGGGAGGAACGCUUGAGAAAUGCCCGGGAUGGCCGUAAAGUUGCGCCUCCGGCGGGAGGUGCAGACAAGGGGAAGAGAGCUAUUACUGCUGGUGAAGAGCCCGCAAAGGAAGCCAAACCCCGCAGUUAUGCGGUCGCCCCUCCUCCGGGCACCGGUGAUAUCCAGUACUCAAGCUUGUCUGGUGAUUAA